AUUCUGUCCUAGUCGGGCACGUUUGGUGGACUGCCUACUAACCUACUGGUCAGCAAUCCUACUAACCACUGUUGCGCAAUGCAGCUAAAAGGACGAACUUCUCGCAGUGAGGUGUUCUAUAUUAGUAAAAGCUUCAAAAAGACUGUCAGUCUUCCUGCUGCACGCGCAUGGCGAGUUAAAGACAGUGAUGUCGCCGCUCGAGGAUAUGUGCUGUGCUUGACAAAACAAAAGGGUCUGCUUUUCGAUAAAAUGACAAAUUUGAAACCGCGGCUUGUAACACUAACAAGAAAUGGACUUCUUAUCAUUUACUGCAAGGAAGACAAGGGAUUCGUCGUAGAUGUAAAGGAUGCAAGAGCGAUGACCACAAAAACUGACCACUUCCAUACAAAACGACAAACUUAUCGCCGUUGCGCUCUCAAACUGAAGUUCAAAUAUGGCUCAGUAUCAAUGAUCAUGUUCAACAACGAGAUUCCUCGAUGGAGAAAUGCUGUGACAAAUGCGCAUGAUGGAAUUCUGCGAAGUAAAUUGCACUUUAUUGGAGUCAAUCGAGCGCCAACGUUGAGCAUACAAAAGUUAGAAAAUGCGCAGAUGAAAGCGACUGUGCUGGAAGGUGCGCCAGAGGACGAAAAGCUCUCCACAUCAAAAUCUCCCACCACCAAAGGGUCGAAAUCCAGUGUCAAUACCUGCGCAACUGCUGAAGGCCCAUCUGAACCUCAGCAGACAAACAGCGAGGUGACCGUGGAUAUGCCAGAAGAAAGUGAACCGAUUACAGUAAUCGAAGCUCCUUGUCGGAACCGUGCGCAGACAAAAAAGAAGCCUUCCCGCAUUGUCAUCACUUCUGAUGACAAUUCUCAAUGGGAAACAUUUGAUCCUAACUCUACAAACAGUGGUUUGUUCACCGAAUUAACUGAUGAGGACGACAGCAGGACUGAAUCGGCAAAAUCCGUUCGCUGCGGUUACCAUUCUGUCUCAACCUUGCGAUCGCGACUGGAGGCAAAAAUCCGCGGCACACCGUCACGAAAGUCGAAGUCAGCAAAGAAGCGAAGUCCAACACUUGCCAAAAUGAAAGAGGUUCGUGCUGCAUCCCUAACCUCAAUCGAAGAGUCGACGCCUAAAUCUCGACCAACUAUCGUUAUCACUCCAGCCACUCCUUCCAACAUAGAACGACUUCGCCGUGCUGGACGAUCCCAGUCCGAAACUGAAUGCAGCUCUCGAACGCGCAGAGAGAAACCAGCCGUUACCUCCUACGACGACUCACUACUCGAUGCCCCUCAAUCCGAACGUCUUACUAAUUCACAGCGACAAGGUGAAGAUUGGCGAAACAUCUCCCUCGACAAGUACAACCCAAAUCAAUGGUGGGCUCAGCCGCUGCAAGUGUAAAAAAAUGUAAUCACUUACUAAUAAUAAAGAUACAAGAUGAUUUGUAUGGAG